CAUCGCAGGAAGGUUGGAAUGUUCCUUCCUUUGGCUGCUGCUAAGCCUUUUGGGCUCCUCCUCAGUCUCGCUCCUGGUUUCAUCAGACAGUCUUGUAGUUUGGAGCUGAUGGGAGUGUUACGGACGACAUUGUUUGAUCCUCGCCGGCUGUCCUUUGGGCUGAGCAUCGCCGGCGUAGGUUUCGGAGCAGAUGGGAGAGAGUGUUCAUGCGCUUGCCCGUUGGGAUUCUCCAAGUCUCUUCAACUCGAUCAUUGAAGAUGAAAGUCAUGGCAAGGACAAGGAUGUCUCACCAAAGAACGAUGGAAGGCGUGGUAGCAGGAGGAGUGGUGAUGAGGGUGAUUCUAAUUUGAAAACACUUACCUAGUGGGAGAAAAGAUGCGAGUCCGGAAAGAGCGACGGUAAGUCUUGACAGAACGGAGGAGCACGUCUGUUCGGAGGAUGGAGGCUUGGUAAUCGUGGGAGCUACGACGAGGGUGAUCGUAAUUUGAAGAUGCCUUCCGAGAUGAAAGAAAGCACACGAGUCAAUAUCGAGGGAUGGAAUUCUUGACAAAAAGGACAAGCAUCGUCUCUUUAGAGAUCAAAGGCAAGCUUGGUAGUAGUAGGAUCAAUGGGUCUUUGGGACAGGAAUGAGGAUUCUGCGCUGGUGGCUGCCUUAGAUGGGACUGGAUAUUUGGUGGGCAGUGAUCUCAGGAGGGUCAUCUAGUCAUUCGCAUCUGGACCUCCUAUUUAUUCUUCACUUCAGGCCAAGCAAAAUCCUUGUGGACCUACCGGUGGCUUCUUCAUAGACUGUGGUGAUGAUGAUUGGGAGUUCUAAGAACACCAUGAGCACUUUGGGCAAAAUGAAAUUAGGAGCUAAUGUCGAUGAUAUAAUCGAAAGCACACCACUGAUGUCGGAGGAUGGAUCGGUUAGACUUGGAUCUCAGAGAAGCACUGUGUUUGAAAUUGAUACUCUGACUGGAAGACUAGUACGUGUUUAUGGUUCAUCAGAUUUUCCAUCUACCUCUCGAAAUGACAUGGAAGAGAGUCGAGACAAUGUUUUAUUCGUUAAUGAUGUGAAGGAUUUGGCAAAGUUGAACUUUAAAAAUGAGCAGCCACAUCUGAAGAUCAUACGGACAGACUACUCAUUACAAUCAUUCGCUCCAAACUCCGAUAAGGUUUCGCGGAGCUUGUCCCCAGCUGAGAUAGAGGCUUCCUUACUUGGUAAAGAAGACAACGGUCAUCCUAGUAAUGUAUCUCCUGUUGAUUCAAGAUAUCGACUUGGUUGGGAAUGUGGGGACCCCUUUACAAUGCGACUCUCUUUCUCUUGUCCACCUAUUGUCGUUCAUGUUCGAACUUGUCAGAUGUACAAUUCAUUUUCUAGACCUUCUCAGUCUGAGAUUGGUCAAUCCUUGAGUUUUGAGCCCAACAAUGUGAGACUUCCUUCUUCAGAUCUCACGCUUCAUCAGCAACUGAAGAUGAAUAUUAUGUUAAGGUUGCAAAACGAGGAUGCUUUUGAUGUGAUACUGUCACUGCCUGCUCCAGAGAUCCAUAAUUCAGGAGUUGUCUGUUGGUUGGACCAUACAGCCUUCUCAGGCGAUACUUCGUAUAUCUUUUUUGAGCUGUCAGAAGCUUCAUCUAUCAUAUUGAUGAUCCUCUUGAUCAUUGGCUGGUUUGUCUGCUAUUCCGUUCAGGUCCCAAAUGAACAACUGAAGCUGUUGGGAGAUUCUAAUUUGGAAAAACCUUCAAAGAGAAAGAGAAGGCGUAAAUCUAGAAAGGGUAAUGGAAGUCUUGACAGCAAGGAGAAGCAUGCUUCAUCAGGGAACAAAGGCAAGCAUGGUAAUAUUAGGAGCGACAAUGAGGCUGAUCAUAAUUUGGCAAAGCCUUUCCAGAUGAAAGAAACACAUGCGUCAAGAAACAGUUGUGGACGUCUUGUUCAUCAGCAACUGAAGAGGUUGCAAAACGAGGAUGCUUUUGAUGUGAUACUGUCACUGCCUGCUGCAGAGAUCCAUAAUUUAGGUGUUGUCUGUUGGGUUUACCGUACAGACUUCUCUGGCGAUAUUUCAGAUAUCUUUUUUGAGCAGUCAGAAGCUUCAUCUAUCAUAUUGAUGAUCUUUUUGAUCAUCGGCUGGUUUGUCUGCUUUUCUGUUCAAGUGCCGAAUGAACAACCAAAGCUGUUGGGGGAUUCUAAUUUGAAAAAACCUUCCAAGAAGAAGAGAAGGCGUAAAUCUAAAAAGAGUUACGCAAGUCUUGGCAGCAAGGACAAGCAUGCUUCGUCAGGGAACGAAGGCAAGCUCGGUAAUAUUAGGGGUGCCAACGAGUCCAAUCGUAAUUUGGCAACCCCUUCCAAGAUGAAGGAAACACACGAGUCAAAAAACAGUGGUGGUCUUGUUCAUCAGCGAUUGAAGAUGGAUAGUAGGUUAAGAUUGCAAAACGAGGAUGCUUUUGAUAUGAUAUUGUCAUUGCCUGUUUCAGAGAUCCAUAAUUCAGGAGUUGUCUGUUGCGUUGACCAUACAGGCUUCUCUGGCGAUAUUUCACAUAUCUUUUUUGAACGUUCAGAAGUUUCAUCUAUCAUAUUGAUGAUCUUUUUGAUCAUCGGCUGGUUUGUCCGCUUUUCUGUUCAAGUGCCAAAUGAACAACCGAAGCUGUUGGAGAAUUCUAAUUUGAAAAAAUCUUCCAAGAGGAAGAGAAGGCGUAAAUCUAAAAAGAUUAAUGCAAGUCUUGGCAGCGAGGAGAAGCAUGCUUCGUCAGGGAACGAAGGCAAGCACGGUAAUAUUAGGAGUGCCAAUGAGUCCAAUCGUAAUUUGGCAACCCCUUCCAAGAUGAAGGAAACCCAAGAGUCAAAAAGCAGUGGAGGAGGUCUUGUUCAUCAGCAACUGAAGAUGGAUAAUAUUCUAAGGUUGCAAAACGAGGAUGCUUUUGAUGUGAUACUGUCACUACCUGCUCCAGAGAUCCAUAAUUUAGGAUUUUUUUGUUGCGUCCACACAGCCUUCUCCGGCAAUAUUUCGUGUAUCUUUUAUGAACGGUCAGAAGCUUCGUCUAUCAAAUUGAUGAUCAUCGGCCAGUUUGUCUGCUAUUCCGUUCAAAUGCCAAAUGAACAAUUAAAGCUGUUGGGGGUUUCUACUUUGAAAAAACCUUCCAAGAGGAAGAGAAGGCGCAAAUCUGGAAAGAGUAACGUGAGUCUCAACAGCGAGGACAAGCACGUUUCAUCAGGGAACGAAGGCAAGCAUGGUUAUAUUAGGAGCAACAAUGAGGCCGGUUGUAAUUUGGCAACGGCUUCCAAGAUGAUGGAAACACAUGAGUCAAGAAACAGUGGUGGAGAUCUUGACAGAAAGGAUGAGAAUGUUUCUACAGACAACGAAGGCGGGCUUAGUGAUGAUGAAGUUGAUCCUAAUUUGAAGACGCUUUCCAAGAAGAAGAAACAAAGGAAGUCUAGAAAGAAAAAUAAAAAAAAAGACAAGCUUGUCUCUUUAGAGAAUGAUGACAAGUUUGGUAAUAGUAGGAGCAAUGAUGAGGGUGAUUCUACUUUGGAAAGGCCUUCGAAGACGAAGAAAGCAUACAAGUCAAGAGAGAGCGAUGGAAAUCUUGACAAAAAGGACGAGCAUGUCUCUUUGGAGAAGGAAGGCAAGAUUGGUAAAAAUAGGAGCAAUGAUGAGGAUGAUUGUAGUUUGAAAAUGCCUAGCAAAAUGAAGAAAACAAACAAGUCUGGAGAGAACGAUGGAGGCCUCGACAAAAAGGAAGAGCCUCCCUGUUUAGAGAAUGAAGGCAGGCUUGUUAGCAGUAUGAGCAAUGAGGGUUAUUCGAAUAUGAAGACACUUUCCAAGAAGGAUGAAAGUCGUGACAACAAGGAUGAGCAUGUGUCUUCAGAGAACGAUGGCAGGCUUGGCAAUAUGAGUGAUGAUGAAAGUGAUACUAAUUUGAAAAUGCCUUCCAAGAUGAAAAACUUGCACACGUCAAUGGAGAGUGAUGGAAGUCUUGAUAAAAAGGACGAGCAUUCCUCUUUGGAGAACGAAGGCAAACUUGGUUAUAAUCGGAGCAAUGACGUGGCUGAUUGUAAUUUGAAAAUGCCUUGCAAGAUAAUGAAAGCACACUUGUCUGGACAGAAUGAUGGAGAUCUUGACAAAGAGGACAAGCAUGUCUCUUUAGAGAAUGAAGGCAGGCUUGGUGAUAGUAGGAGCAAUGGGGGUGAUUUAAAUUUGAAAAAGCUUUCCAAGAGGAAGAAAGGAAGCGUGUCCAGAAAGAAAAAUAGGAGUCUUGACAACAGGGACGAUCAUGUCUCUUCAGAGAAUAAUGGCAGGCUUGGUAAUACCAGGAGCGAAGAUGAGGGUGAUCCUAAUUUGAAGAUGCCUGCCAAGAUGAGGAAAGCACACAAGUCACUAGAGAGUGACGGAUGUCUUGACAAAAAAGACGAGCAUGUCUCUUUUGAGAUUGAAGGCAAGCUUGGUAGUAGUAGGAUCAAUGAUGAGGGUCAUUCUAAAAUGAAAAUGACUCGCUGGAUAACGAAAACACUCAAGUCUGGGUGUCAAAAGGACGGGCAUGCCUCUUCAGAGAACAAAGACCGGCUUGGUAACAGUAGGAGUGGUGAUGAGGGUGUCUCUUCAGAGAAUAAUGGCAGGCUUGGUAAUACCGAGAGCGAAGAUGAGGGUGAUCCUAAUUUGAAGAUGCCUGUCAAGAUGAGGAAAACACACAAGUCACUGGAGAGUGACGGAUGUCUUGACAAAAAAGACGACCAUGUCUCUUCAGAGAUUGAAGGCAAGCUUGGUAGUAGUAGGAUCAAUGAUGAGGGUCAUUCCAAAAUGAAAAUGACUUGCUGGAUAAAGAAAACACUCAAGUCUGGGUGUCAAAAGGACGGGCAUGUCUCUGCAGAGAACGAAGACCGGCUUGGUAACAGUAGGAGUGGUGAUGAGGGUGUCUCUUCAGAGAAUAAUGCCAGGCUUGGUAAUACCGAGAGUGAAGAUGAGGGUGAUCCUAAUUUGAAGAUGCCUGCCAAGAUGAGGAAAACACAAAAAUCACUCGAGAGUGACGGAUGUCUUGACAAAAAGGACAAGCAUGUCUCUUCGGAGAUUGAAGGCAAGCUUGGUAGUAGUAGGAUCAAUGAUGAGGGUCAUUCUAAAAUGAAAAUGAUCUGCUGGAUAAAGAAAACACUCAAGUUUGGGUGUCAAAAGGACGGGCAUGUCUCUUCAGAGAACGAAGACCAGCUAGGUAACAGUAGGAGUGGUGAUUCUAAUUUGAAAACACUUUCCAAGAGUUACAGAAGUCUUGACAGAAAGGUGGAGCAUGUCUCUCUAGAGAAUGAAGGCAGGCUUGGUGAAAGUAGGGGCAAUGAUGACACGUGGAUGAACCUAAAGAAACUUGUUAAUGGUGGCACUUCUGGGGGUUGGAUUGGUAAACUCUUUGUAUCAAAUACAGAAAUCUCUAAAGGAAGUAACUGCACCAUCCUCCUUGAGGGCUUCUAUGAAGGUCGAUCUGUCAUACUGAAGUGCCUUGUUUGGGGUCAUGACUAUGUUGGUUCACUACAAAUACAGGCUCUGACAGCAUCUGACCGAGACUCAAUUAUCACUUGGUUAUUUGGAGCAGAGUAUGAUCAGGAUUUCGUGUAUCUUGCUCUGGAGUUAUGUGCUAGCAGCUUAGAUGACUUAAUAAGAGCACAUUCAAAUUCUUCAGAGAUAUCUGUCUUCCCUGAUGACCCAGCAUCAAAUGCUAUCAUCAAGUACAAAAUGCGAUUGGAUUUGGUUAAGGGGAUGAUGCAGGAUGUGAACUUGUGGAGGGAAGAUGGCCAUCCCUCACCUCUGUUGCUCAAACUGAUGAGGGAUGUGGUCUCAGGGCUUGUCCAUUUGAAUUGCUUAGGAAUAAUUCAUCAAGUGUUAAAGCUUCAAAAUGUCUUGAUUACUAAGGAAUUAUGUGCCAAGUUAUCUGAUACGGGCAGUAGUAAACUCCUCCUCAGGGGUACGUUUUCCUCAGGAUAUCAUGGUGCUGAUUGUGGCAGCUUGGGAUUGCAAGCGCCUGAACAACUUUGUACUGCCCACCAAACAUGCUCAGUUGAUGAGUUUGGUCUUAAUCGUGUCUCGUCUUUUUGCAUCACUGGUGGAAGACAUGCAUUUGGAGGCAGUCUAAAGGGCGAUAGUAAUAUCGAGGAGAAUACAAUGGAUUUGUCCUUGGUGGAAGUUAUGCCAGAAGCUGCAGAUUUGUUUGCUUGUUUACUACACCCUGAUCCUUACCUGAGCAGGCCAAAGGCAUUGGAGCAUGUCUAUUUAGAGGAUGAAGGCAGGCUUGGUAAUUGUCGGAGCGAUGAUGAGGGCAAUCCUAAUUUGAAGGCACUGCCCAAGAGGAAGAAAAAAGGCAAGUCUAGAAAGAUAAAUCAAAGUCUUGACAACAAGGAUCAGCAUGGUUCUUUAGAGAACGAUGACAGUAUUUGUGAUAGUAGGGGCUAUGAUGAGGGUGAUCCUGGUUUGAAGAUGCCUUCCCGGAUGAGGAAAACACACGAGUCAAUAGAGAGUGAUGGAAGUCUUGACAAAAGGGACAAGGAUGUCUCUUCAGAGAUCGAUGGCAAGCUUGGUACUAAUAGGAUCAAUGCUGAGGGUCAGUCUAAAAUGAAAGCGCCUUGCUGGAUAGAGAAAACACACAAGUCAGGAAAGAGAAAUGAAAAUCUUGACAAAAAGGACAAGCAUGUCUCUUCAGAGAACGAAGACAGGCUUGGUAACAGUAAUAGUGGUGAUGAAGGUGAUUUUAAUUCGAAAACACUUUCCAAGAGGAAGAAAAGACGCAAGUCUGGAAAGAGUAAUGGAGGUCUUGACAGAAAGGAUCAUCAUGCAUUUUCAGAGAAUGAAGGCAGGCUUGGUAAUAGUGUGGGCAAUGAUGAUGCGGGGAUGAACCUAAAGAAACCUGUUGGUGGUGUCACUCCUGGGUGUCAGAUCGGUAAACUCUUUGUAUCAAAUACAGAAAUCGCUAAAGGAAGUAAGGGCACCAUCAUCCUCGAGGGCUUCUAUGAAGGUCGACCUGUCGCAGUGAAGCGCAUUGUCCGGGCUCAUCACUAUGUUGCUUCACAAGAAAUAAAGUCUCUGACAGCAUCUGACCAAGACCCAAAUAUUGUUCGAUUGUAUGGAGAAGAGAAUGAUCAGGAUUUCGUGUAUCUUGCCCUGGAGCGUUGUGCUUGCAGCUUAGAUGACUUAAUACUAGCACAUUCAAAUUCUUCAGAAAAAUCUGUUUUCCCUGAUGACCCAGCAUCAAAUGCUAUCAUUGAGUACAAAAUGCGAUUGGAUUCAGUUAAGGGGACGAUGCAGGAUGUUAACUUGUGGAGGGAAGAUGGCCAUCCCUCACCUUUGCUACUCAAACUGAUGAGGGAUGUGGUCUCAGGGCUUGUCCAUUUGCAUUGCUUAGGAAUAAUUCAUCAAGGCUUAAAGCCUCGAAGUGUGUUGAUUACUGAGGAAUUAUGUGCGAAGUUAUCUGAUAUGGGCAGUAGUAAACUCCUCUCUGGGGAUACGUCUCCCUCAGGAUAUCAUGUCACCGAUUUUGGCAGCCCGGGAUUGCAAGCGCUUGAACAACUUUGUCCUGUGCACCAAACAUACUCAGACGAUGUGUUUGGUCUUGGUUGCAUCUUGUUCUUUUGCGUCACUGGCGGAAGAUAUCCAUUUGGAGUCGGUGUAAAGGGCGAUAGUAUUAUCAAAGAGUACCCGAUUGACUUGUCCCCAGUGGAAUUUUUGCCAGAAGCUGCAGAUUUGUUCACUCGUUUACUAAACCCCAAUCCCAACCUGAGGCCAAAGGCAUUGGAGGUGCUUGGCCAUCCACUCUUUUGGAAUUCAAAGAUGAGACUGUCCUUUUUCCGAGAAGUCAGCGACUGGGUAGAAUCGAGAGCAAAGGGAACAAAAUCUGAUCUUCUGGAAAAACUGGAGAGCAUUGCUCAGCAUGUUUUCGACGAGGAAUGGCACGAAAAGAUAGAUUGUAAAGUCAUUGAGCACCAGUGUAAAUUCAGGGCCUACAAGUUUAAAAGAGUAAGAGACUUACUGCGAAUUGUGCGCAACACGUUUAGCCAUUACAGAGAACUUCCACCGAAAAUUCAGGAGAUAGUUGGAUCAUCUCCCGAGGAUUUGGACAGCUAUUACGCGAAACGAUUCCCCAGACUCUUGAUUGAAACGUACAGAUUCGUCUCCAUGUGCUGCGAAGAUGAGGAACGCUCUCUCUUUCCGGAGUACUUCAACUGGUGAUCACAAUGGUUUAUCAGCAGCGAACUUCGCAAUAAUCUGGGUCGAUGACCGCAAUUUGCAGGAUGGUUGAUUUCGGCAUCGUGUGUAUUAAGACGAAACAUAUACAUUUAGGAAACCUGUAUGUGCAUGUUUAUAUGAUGUAUAUGGUUUGUGGUAAAUUGCUAUCUAGAGGUGAUUGAUUCAUGCCUGUAUAUGCCUAAAAGAGAAGGCAGAAUUUUCAGAAUAUGUUUUUUUAUGAGCCGUUCAUAAAAUGUUGACCUACUACUA